ACCAAAUAAAACAAACUCCGUUGGAGCGAUUCCAAUUCGUCAGAAGCGGAACGUAAAACCAUCGUUUUAAAAGUUCGACAGAACUGUAAUGGUAACGGCGGUCCUCUAGGCGGCAGUAGUGAUCCGCUGACCUCCUGAGCUGACACGUAUAUUGGCAGAAGAGUAAGUUCACCCGUCACCAGAGUCCGAGUGAGGUGUUGUAUAGUCUGCUACGUUUGUGUUUCGGAAUCUUUUGUGUUUGUCCACUGAGCCCACUGUGAAGGAUGGAGAACAGGGGGGUGACCAAGGUGGUCCUUCUGUCUUGUGGCUCCUUCAACCCAGUCACCAACAUGCACCUGAGGAUGUUCGAGCUGGCUCGGGAUCAUCUGGAGGAAACAGGUCGGUACAAGGUGGUGAAGGGCAUCAUCUCUGCUGUCGGAGAUGCUUACAAGAAGAGGGGCCUGAUUGAGGCCGAACACCGUUUAAAAAUGGCGAGACUGGCUGUGGAACACUCAGACUGGAUUAGUGUGGACGCCUGGGAGAGCUCGCAACAGGAGUGGAUGGAGACUGUUAAAGUAGUAAGGCAUCACAGUCAACAGCUGCUUGAUGUGGAGGACAACUAUGAUGAAGUGGACACUGUCAACUAUGGAAAGAAGCGGCGCAUUGAGGAUAAUCAAUACGAGAGCUCAUUUGAAAACAAAAGCCAAGAUCAUCCUCGACUGAUGUUACUGUGCGGAGGGGACAUGCUGGAAUCCUUUGGUGUCCCUAACCUGUGGAAGCCGGAGGACAUCGCUGAGAUAGUGGGCCACUUCGGUUUGGUGUGCAUCACCCGCGCUGGCAGUGACCCUCACAAGUUCGUCCACCAGUCUGACACGCUGUGGAAAUAUCGCAAGAACAUCCACGUCGUCCAUGAAUGGGUGACCAACGAAAUCUCGGCCACGCACGUGCGGCGGGCGCUGCGGCGAGGUCAGAGCGUGCGUUACCUGCUCCCUGACAGCGUGAUCAACUACAUUAAAGAGAAUCACCUCUACAACGCUGAGAGUGACCAGAGAAAUGCUGAAGUGCUUCUGGCUCCACUCCAGAGAUACACAGAGAGUUCAGCCAGCUGAAGGUCAAAAAUACUUGGCCUUUUAAUAGCUGUGUAACAACAGUUGAUGUUUCACGGGUGCCUUUGCAGAAAUGCACAAGCUUUUUAGGAUCUUUUUUUUAAAUAUUUGUAUGACUGACUCUCCUGUAAACAGGUUCACAUCCCAUCACAAGAGCGAGUUCUUUGUAUGCUCAGGGAAGAGAUGGCAAAACCUUCGUUCUCAUUGUUUUUUCAUCCUGGAAGAGUUGCAUUUCCUCCUGAGAGGCAUUGUCCCCAAGAUCACACUGACUGUUCGACACCUUUGAUUAGAGAUGAGAAGAUCUGAUCUACAAACAGUGCUCGGCGCUUUUAGUUGAUUAGCUUACAGAGCCUGCGAAAAAUGCAGAUUCUUCAACGUGACUGCUGUGAUAUGACGUAUUAAAAGAACUCCAAUGAAACCGAGUUGU